GCCCUGAUACAGAUGGAUGUGUCAGAGCUUGGAGAGGCUGCGGCCUUCCUCAGAAGAAGCCAGGCCGAGCUGCUUCUGCUACAGGCUGUGGCCUUUGAUGGGAAGAAGAAAUGCUGGAUUCCUGAUGGCAGAAAUGCCUACGUGGAGGCCGAGGUUAAAGGGAGUGGAAAUGAUGGCAAAGUAAUUGUUGAGACAGCAGACGGAAAGAGUCUGAGUGUCAAGGAGGUUGAAGUCCAGCAGAUGAAUCCCCCAAAGUGUGAAAUGAUUGAAGAUCUAGCAAUGCUGACUCAUCUCAAUGAAGCGUCGGUCCUGCAUACCCUGAAGAGGCGCUAUGACCACUGGAUGAUCUAUACAUAUUCCGGUCUCUUCUGUGUGAGCAUAAACCCUUACAAGUGGCUCCCAGUGUAUCAGAAAGAAGUCGUGGCUGCCUACAAAGGGAAGAGGCGAUCAGAAGCUCCCCCUCACAUCUUCGCUGUUGCCGAUAAUGCCUUUCAGGAUAUGCUUCACAAUCAAGAGAAUCAGUCUGUACUUUUGACAGGAGAAUCUGGUGCUGGAAAGACUGUGAACACCAAACAUAUUAUCCAGUAUUUUGCCACCAUUGCAACCAUGGGUGAAUCUAGGGAAAAGCCGGGGUCUUUAGAAGAUCAAAUCAAGCAAGUGAAUCCUAUCUUGGAAGCAUUUGGAAAUGCCAAAACCCUGAGAAAUGAUAACUCCUCUCGUUUUGGCAAGUUCAUCAGGAUGCACUUCUGUGCCAGAGGCAAGCUGUCGUCUGCAGACAUUGAUAUUUAUUUGCUUGAAAAAUCCCGAGUGAUUUUCCAGCAGCCUGGAGAGAGGAACUACCACAUAUUCUAUCAAAUUCUGUCUGGGAAAAAAGAAUUUCGUGACAUGCUCCUGGUGUCUGAAGAUCCCUCCGACUUUCCCUUUUGCUCACAGGGAGUCGUUGCUGUGGACAGCUGGGAUGAUGCUGAAGAAUUGCUGGCCACUGAUCGGGCCAUGGACAUCUUGGGCUUUCUUCCUGAUGAGAAGCAUGGAUCCUAUAAACUCAUUGGAGCCAUCAUGCACUUUGGAAACAUGAAAUUUAAACAGAAACCCAGAGAAGAGCAAGUGGAAGCAGAUGGCAUAGAAAGUGCUGACAAAGCUGCGUUCCUCAUGGGCAUUAACUCCUCUGAGUUGGUGAAGGGCUUGAUCCACCCUAGAAUCAAAGUUGGUAAUGAAUAUGUUACUAGAGGCCAAAAUGUAGAACAGGUGACCUGUGCUGUUGGUGCCCUGUCCAAGUCAAUAUACGAAAGGAUGUUUAAGUGGCUGGUGGCACGAAUCAACAGGGCGCUGGAUGCCAAGCUGUCCAGGCAAUUCUUCAUCGGCAUUCUUGACAUCACUGGUUUUGAAAUCCUUGAUUAUAACAGCCUUGAGCAACUUUGCAUUAAUUUUACCAAUGAAAAAUUACAACAGUUCUUUAAUCAGCGCAUGUUUGUUCUGGAGCAAGAGGAAUACAGGAAGGAAGGCAUUGGCUGGGUGUCCAUCGACUUUGGUCUGGAUUUACAAGCCUGCAUAGAUCUCAUGGAGAAGCCAAUGGGCAUCCUUUCCAUCCUCGAGGAGGAAUGUAUGUUUCCUCAGGCCACAGAUGUGACUUUCCAGACCAAACUUUUUGACCACCAUUUUGGGAAGUCGGUUCAUUUCCAGAAGCCCAAGCCUGAUGAUAAGAGAUGUGAAGCUCAUUUUGAGCUUGUCCAUUAUGCAGGAGCGGUGCCUUAUAACAUUAGUGGCUGGCUUGAAAAGAACAAAGACCUUCUUAAUGAAACAGUGGUGGCUGUAUUUCAGAAGUCCUCAAACAGACUCCUGGCAAAUCUUUUUGAAAAUCGCGUCGGUACUGACAAUGCUCUACAGUUUGGGGAAAAGCAGCGCAAGAGAGGAGUUUCAUUCCAAAUGGUUGCAUCUCUGCAUAAAGAAAACCUAAAUAAAUUGAUGACUAAGCUGAAAUCAACAGCACCUCAUUUUGUGAGAUGCAUAAAUCCCAAUGUGAACAAAAUACCAGGUGAGUUGGAUCCCUACUUGCUUCUGCAGCAGCUCCGCUGUAAUGGUGUCUUAGAAGGGAUCAGGAUAUGCUGUGAAGGUUUUCCGAACCAACUGCUAUAUGCUGAUUUUAAACAAAGGUACUGCAUUCUGAACCCAAGAGCCUUUCCGAAGAGUAGGUUUGUAAGCAGCAGAAAAGCAGCUGAGGAAUUACUUGGCUCAUUGGAGAUAGACCAUAUCCAGUACCGCUUUGGAAUCACUAAGGUGUUUUUAAAAGCUGGCUUUCUGGAACAACUGGAAGCAAUGAGGGAUGAGAGACUAUCUAAAGUCUUUACAUUGUUCCAAGCCAGAAUACGGGGCAAAUUGAUGCGAAUCAAGUUCCAGAGGAUUCUGCAAGAGAGGGACGCACUUCUUUUGAUCCAGUGGAACAUAAGAGUUUUCAUGGCUGUGAAGAACUGGCCCUGGAUGAGGCUCUUCUUCAAGAUCAAGCCUCUUGUUAAAUCUGCUGAAAUGGGAAAGGAGAUAGUUGCUCUGAAGGAAGAGUGUGUGCAAUUGCAAAAAGCCUUGGAGAAGUCAGAAUCUCAGAGGGAAGAACUGAAAGCAAAACAGGUCUCCUUCAUCAGGGAGAAGAAUGACCUGCUUCUUCAGCUGCAGGCUGAGCAAGAGACCCUGGCAAAUGUUGAAGAGCAGUGUGAGUCACUGAUUAAAUCCAAGAUCCAGCUGGAGGCCAGAGUCAAGGUGCUGUCUGCACGAGUGGAGGAAGAAGAGGAGAUAAAUUCCGAGCUGACGGCCAGGGGGCGGAAGCUCGAAGAUGAAUGUUCCGAGUUGAAGAAAGAAAUCGAUGACCUGGAAACAAUAUUGGUGAAGUCACAGAAGGAGAAGCGUGCUACGGAGCACAAGGUCAAGAACCUGACGGAGGAAGUGGAGUCUCUAAAUGAGGAUAUCAGCAAACUUACCAGAGCAGCCAAGGUCAUGCAGGAGGCUCAUCAGCAGACACUGGACGACCUGCACAUAGAGGAGGAGAAACUCAGCAGCCUGAGCAAAGCCAAGUUGAAGUUGGAACGGCAAGUAGAUGAGCUUGAGGGUGCCCUUGAGCGGGAGAGAAAAGCAAGAAUGAACUGUGAGAGGGAAAGGAGCAAACUGGAGGGCGAUUUUGAGCUGCACCGCAAGAGCAUGGAGCACCUGGAGAGCAGCCAGCUGCAGCUGGCAGGAAAGCUGAGCGAGAAAGAACUAGAAAUGAAUCAGAUGAAUUCAAAGGUGGAGAAGGAUAGAAGCCUGGUGGCUCAGCUUCAGAACAUGGUUAAAGAGCUUCAGGUACAGAUACAAGGUUUAAAGAGGGAACUGGAAGUUGAAAGGACCACUCGAGCCAAGGUGGAGAGGGAGAGAGCUGACCUCACUCAAGAACUGGAAAACUUGAAUGAGAGACUGGAGGAGGCAGGAGGCACCAGUUUGGCUCAGCUGGACAUAACUAAGAAACAGGAAACAAAAUUCCAGAAGCUUCGCCGAGACAUGGAAGAUGCUACAUUGCACUUCGAGACAACUUCGGCCUCUUUGAAGAAGAGACAUGCAGACAGCCUGGCUGAACUCCAGGGCCGACUUGAAAAUUUACAACAGGUCAAGCAGAAAUUAGAAAAAGACAAGAAUGACUUGCAGCUAGAAGUGGAUGACCUCCUGACCAAUGUUGAACAGAUGACCAGAGCUAAGGCUAACUCUGAGAAGCUCUGUAGUCUGUAUGAAGAGCGCCUGAAUGAAGCAAAUGGAAAACUAGAUGAAGUGACUCAGUUGGCAAAUGACCUGAAAGCACAGAAGACAAAGUUAUGGAGUGAGAAUGGUGAGCUCCUAAGGAGGCUGGAAGAAAAAGAGGCUCUGAUAAAACAACUUUCCAGGGAAAGGAGUAACUUCACUCGGCAGAUAGAAGAACUGAAAGGGCAACUGGAAGAGGAAUCCAAAUCACAGAGUUCCCUGGCCCAGGCCCUGCAGUCAGCCAAGCAUGACCAUGACCUUCUACAAGAGCAGUAUGAGGAAGAACAAGAGGCUAAGGCUGAGCUGCUCCGGGCUCUCUCCAAAGGCAACAGUGAAAUGGUGCAGUGGAGAAUGAAGUACGCAGAUGACAUCACCCAGAGGACUGAGGACUUGGAGGAUGCCAAGAAGAAGCUGGCAAGCAGGUUGCAGGAGGCCGCUGAAGCCGUGGGGGUGGCAAACGCCAGAAACGCCACCCUGGAGAGGGCCAGGCACCGACUGCAGCUGGAGCUCGGGGACACCCUGUGUGACCUCAGGAAGGCCCGCUCCUCUGCAGCUGUGCUGGGCCGGAAGCAGCAGCACUUUGACAGGUGCCUCGACGACUGGAGGCAGCAGCAGGAGGAGUCACAGGCCAUGCUGGAGGCCUCUCGGAGGGAGGCCCGGGCCCUCAGCGCCGAGCUCCUGGAGCUCAGACACGCCUACGAGGAGAGCACCGCGAGCCGGGAGACCCUCCAGACAGUGAACAAGAGUCUCCAAGAAGAGAUUUCCAAUCUGACGAAUCAGGUAAGAGAAGGAAAAAGGAACCUGAGUGAAAUGGAAAAGGUCAAGAAACAGAUUGAACAAGAGAAGACUCAAGUCCAAGUGGCGCUGGAAGAAGCAGAGGGAGCUCUGGAACGUAAUGAAAGCAAGAUUCUUCGCUUCCAGCUUGAACUCUUGGAAGCUAAAGCAGAACUUGAAAGAAAGCUUUCAGAGAAAAAUGAAGAAAUAGAAAAUUUUAGGAGGAACAAGCAAUGCGCUAUUGACUCCCUGCAGUCUAGUCUGGAUUCUGAAACUAGAAGCAGAAUUGAGGUGACCCGGCUGAAGAAGAAUGUGGAAGGGGACCUCAGUGAGAUGGAACUCCAGCUUAGCUGUGCCAACCGGCAGGUGUCAGAGGCAACCAAAUCCCUGGGCCAGCUUCAGACCCAGGUCAAGGACCUUCAGGUGCAGCUAGAUGACAGCACACACCUGAACAGUGAGCUGAAGGAGCAGGUGGCUAUGGCUGAGAGGCACAACUCUCUUCUCCAGUCCGAGCUAGAGGAACUGAGGUCCUUGUACAAGCAGACAGAGUGUGGGCGCAGGCUGGCAGAGGAAGAACUCCUGCAGGCCACAGAGAGAAUCAAUCUUUUCCAUACCCAGAACACUAGCCUCCUCAGCCAGAAGAAGAAACUGGAGGUUGAUGUUGCCAGGAUGCAGAAAGAAGCCGAAGAGGCAGUGCAGAGGUGUCAAAAUGCAGAAGAGAAGGCCAAGAAGGCAGCCACUGAGGCAGCAAACGUAGCCGAAGAACUAAAGAAGGAGCAAGACACCAGUGCCCACCUGGAGAGGAUGAGAAGGAAUAUGGAGCAGACAAUUAAAGACUUACAAAAGAGGCUGGAUGAAGCUGAACAGAAUGCAGUGAUGGGGAAUAGAAAGCAGAUCCAGAAGCUAGAAUCGAGGGUGCGCGAGCUGGAAGGCGAGCUGGAGGACGAGGCGCGCCGCGCCGCCGAGGCCCGCAGCGGAGCGCGCAGGCUGGAGCGCUGCGUCAGGGAGCUGAGCCGCCAGGUAGAGGAAGACAAGGCAAAUCUGAGCAGGAUGCAGACUCUGAUGGAUAAACUUCAGCUACAAGUACAAAGUUACAAGCAGCAAAUGGAGGCAGCAGAAGCACAAGCCAAUCAAUAUCUUUCCAAGUAUAAGAAGCAGCAACAUGAAUUGAACGAAGCUAAGGAAAGGGCAGAGAUAGCAGAAUCUCAAGUCAAUAAACUCAAGAUCAAAGCAAAGGAGUUUAGAAAAAAGGCUCAUGAAGAAGAAUAAGAAGUCCCUGCUUAUGAAGGAUGGAGGCUGGACAAGGAUGGUACCAUUUAAUGACGGAAAACUUAGGUUGCACUUGAAACAAGCAUUUAAAAAAAUGUUUAUGUGGUGUGGAAAGUAGUUUAAGCAAGGUGAUUAGAAGAUAUAAUAGAGUAUCUUUGCUUCCAAGGUUAAUGGGGAUUUUUCAGACCCUCAAAUAUAAGUAGUUUAUGUAAAAUAUUAAAUAAUGUAAGAAGUGUUUAAAUUCUUAAGUUAAAAAAAUGAAUACCUAUUCUUUUGUCCAUAUUGCCUCUUAAUGAGUAAUAUUUAUAGAAGACAUGAGGCCUAGGGUAUGUUGUAAAUUGUUAUUACUAAAGUUAAUGAAUUUUGCUUGACUCAUCCAUUCAGGAGUCUGUGUUUUUAGCCACUAAUGGUAGGAGUUGAUCAGCUUUCAUCCUAGCACUGUGGUGUACAUAUAGUCACAAGCACUUAGAAUUUAUAGAUUAAAUCCUCCUAGUCUACACCUGGGUUGGUCAGGUGUUAUGAAAAGCUAUGUUAGUGUAGCUUUUCAACACUGAAGCAACUUCUCAUACAAGACACUCCAUUCAGUGAUAGAUAGGAUAUUGGCUUUGUAUUGUGCCAAUGUAUCUAAGCAGGAGGUACAUUUCCUUUUUCUGUGUGCUUCUGGAUUAGAGUUGGUCACAAGGGAAAUUUUCACCAGAUUUGAGAGGGAGAAGUGAAGGAGCAAUUGUCUACUUUAUGCUGUGAAGGCCAGAGUAUGGCCCCACUGUCAUAGCUGACAAAUGUUACCCCAGUUCAAGAAAGUGAGUUAGCAGUAAGGCUCCCUCCUUCAGCUUCGAGUCCUGCCUAGGUGUGCUUGGUUCCAUGGUACUGGAUGCCAGCUUCUCUAGCAGGUCACCCCUAGCGUUGCCUAGGAAUACGAGUCCUAGUUUGUUCUUACAGAUUUCAGUUCAUCCUCACUCCAUAUCCAGCUCUCUAUACUGAACACUGGCACAGCUGACUUCCAGCUACUUCAGGUCCAGCCCCAGCUGCAGAGGGGACAGCCUGACAUAGACUUCUUCACAAGUGCCCAAAAUUAUAUGAGGUUGAUGCUAUAUAAUAAAUCUUUAUUCCCUGUCAUUCUCAGCACUCUGCCUCUCUGACCCCAACCCUAACUCCUACAGAUGGCUCUAAGAUUAAUUCAGAGGCUCAACAGCAUUGAAAGACCCAGGUUCAUUCUUAUCUACUAUCUUCAAAUUGUUGACUUUGGUCUUUCCAUUUUGUAAGACGACUAUAUAGCAGUUCUGAGCAUUUUCUCCUCACAAUUGAAGUUUUUUUGUUUUUGUUUUUUUUAAUAAUGAUAUCAACACUUUACAGUUUAUGCUAAAUACCUGUCAACAUUAUAGCAAAUACUUAGAGAAAAUCGGACCAGGUAGCAUUAACAAACAGUUCGAGGUUGGUCUUCUAUAAACUAUAGGGUCAAAGCUUAAGUCACUAAGAUCGUGGUUAGCCUUUUCUUUCUUAUACAUUGAUUAAAAGGGAAGAGAUCAUCAAGUCAGCUGGGCUAUCCAUUCUCUCUUUGUGUAAAAAUUUAUAUGGAAAUCUAAAUUUAUUAUAAGGCUGAUUAACAAUAUAUGACAACAGAGCCAGAAAAAUGAAUCAAAUCAUCUCCAGAGCUAAUGUCACUUGGCUGUGCAAACCUGGUGUUGGAAGGUACAACCUAACCCCAGAGAUGUCAGUUGUUGAGUUGAUAGGGCCUUUUGCUCUAGGCAGUCUUGGAGAUACUGACAUUUUACACUUUGGAGUCCCUAAGACUCACUAUAUUAAAUCUAGUUUGUUACACUGCUAUUAACUAUUCAUAUAAAGCUGGAGUACAAUACCUUAGCAUAUCAAUUGCCCCAGUUUUACACCUUUUCACUAAGGUGAUUUCUGCUUUUGUGUUCUCUCACCUUUCAUUACCUGAUUAGAUUUUUGAAUCAGUACUUAAGGAUACAUUUCUUCCAAGAUCUUGGUGGGAACCUCACUGUGGCCUCCUAGAAUGCUGGUGGGAGGAGUGUCACUGAAUGAGAGAGUUCUUUUCUAAGUUUGAUUGGCAUCCAGAAAUUCAUCAUCUUGAUGCAGGUAGGGAGUCAGUGAGUAAUGAUUAGGACUUGAAGAGUAAAUGUGAUGGCAGGACAGACAAUGGUUGCAAGUCUUUCCAAUGGUAGAAUUAUUAGGACAUGACAAGCCAUGGCUGGAAGUGCAGUGAAGAAAGGGAAAGAGAGGUCACUAAAUAUUAAAGAUGCUCAUCAUGCGUUGACAUAGUCCUGUCUUAAUUUCCUGUAGUAGCUGGCUGAGCUGAAAUAGCCUAGAACCAAGAAAAAUGGACUUGAAAUGGCUAUGGUUCAUGCAGGAAUAAUCAUUUUUAUCUUAAGUGUUAAAUAACAGUGUUUUGUUUUGGGAGGGGGGAUAUUUAGAGCUAUUGUUUGCAUCUGUAAUCAGAUCUAUAAGACAGUUAUAGUUAUGAAGUCUAAAUUUCCCUUCUGGUGUUUAACCAAUAGGAAAAACAAGUUUACUCAACUCUUUGCUUUUAUUUAUAUUCUUAUUAAUUAAAAUCAUAAUAAAAGGUAUGCAACAAAAUAUUUUAACUCCAUUUUAAAUUGAAUUUGCAAUCAAACUAUAACUUGUAAGUGAAUUAUUAGUGCCCAAGGAGUUUAGAAAUGGCUGGAAAAUUAUGAAAGGCCAGCCAUCUGAAUCUGCGCAGAAACUGUAAUCUGCUUUUCUCCAUUUUGUGUUUUUUUUUUUCUGCUUCCAUUGAAAGAAUAAGUACAGUGGUGCACCAUCAUAUGCAUAGUACCAUUGGAGAUCUUCUCUACAAAUAAUGAUAGGAAAUGAGAAGGGCAGCCCCUUAUUUAAGUAGAACCUAUUAAUAGACAUUGGAAAAAGCUCAAAUUGUAUCCCCCACCCUGUUAUGUUAUCCUAUGAUCUCUCUUACCCCUUUUCUCCCUUCUAUAAAAGUCUUGCAUGAGGAUGUGUGAAUCAAUUACUUUGAUACAGUAGCAUUCUUAUGCUAUAGAUGGUUUGAUAAAGGAAAGGCUUUACCUGGUUUUCUUCAGCACCAGCAGUGUUGGCCCUCUCAGUAUGGACAGAGCACCUUUCUAUAGGAAAAGAGAGAAACUUUGCAAAGAGAUUUUUUUCUAACACUCAAAUUCUUUUAUUCCUACCUCAGCACUAUUAUGCUAUUAGACUCAGCUUAGUUACUCCCCCUUUCAUAUCUUUCUUCCAACAAACAGCCUUAAAAAUGCAUUCAGUGUAGAAAUACCUCAUCAGCUACAAAUAGCAAUAAAUUCUUAUGGCUGAUUCAGGUGCAUCAGACCAGGGAUAAAGGCUGUUCAACCAGGCCAGGAAUUCCUGGCUCUUUAGGAU